CCCUGCCUGCAGAGCAGAAAUGCAGCAGAGCUUGAUCUGACUUGUCCUCGCUGCUGGAAGUGUUUUCUUGCUCCUCGGAACUUCUCUGGGUGCCAUACUCACGCUGUGCUGUGAUUAUGGCCGUCUCUGUAUCUCUCCAGAGUCUGGGGCUCAUCCUGCUCGCAGCAGUCCUCCUGCAGACCACCGCGGUGGCCGUCAGUUUCCUGUACUUCAACAAAGUCCUGAGCACGAUGCAGGAGAGUUUUUCCCGCAGUAGCGUGUCCUGUCUGAUUAACGCAAAUCCGCGCUCUGAGGUCGAAGAUUCAGCGCAGGACAAGAAGAGCGACCCCUGCUGGCAAGUCACGCAACAGCUCCACUACCACAUAGAGAAGACGAUGGCUGACAGAUUCCAGAAAGAGAUAUCCACUGCUAUGAGAAAUAAGCUGACAGAAGGGCUGCCUUUCCUGAGCCCUGGGGUCCGAGGGCUCCCUCUUCCUAAAGUUGCUGCACAUGUGACCGGUGUCAUCUCGUCCACGGAGCCUCCAACAGCAGAUGGCCCACGGAGCAGCAGAGGGUACCUUGGGGAGCGAAUCGAAGCGUGGGAGGGCCACAGAGGUCUGUCCUUCCUGCAGAACAUGGAGCUGAGGGGAGGAGAGCUGCUGGUGCCCAGAGCAGGCCUCUACUACAUCUAUGGCCAGACCUACUUCAGACUGCCCUCCACGGGGGAGACAGAUGGGGCGACAGGGGAAGCAGAGGAGGAAGGAGCACAGCUCGUCCAGUAUAUCUACAAGAAGAUGAGUUCCUACCCAGUACCCAUCCUGCUGAUGAAAUCGUCCCGGAGCGCCUGCUGGCCUCGGGGUCAGGAGCCUGGUCUCUUCUCCCUGCAUCAGGCCGGCACUGCCUUUCUGCAGCCGGCUGACCGCCUCUUCAUCACCGUUAGCAAUGCCAGCGCCAUGGAGAUGGACGGGAGGGCAAGCUACUUUGGGGCCUUCCUUAUGGGCUAAAGCGAGAAAACCUCGGAUAAAAGAGCCCGGGACUAGGAUGACUUGAUAUGGACUUCAGACGUGAACCCAAAUGGCAGGGGUUUGCUUAAUAAUAUGAGCAGCUGUCUGAGGGUCAGGAGUGGAGAAGAAGAAUAGACUCCAGGGAGUGCAAAGGACUUCUUCGGGACCACGGAGCUGUAAGGAUAUGAUCAACCGAAGCUGCAGUGGCAGACUCUCAGUGGACCUAAAUAGCAAGGAAGAAGAGCCUUUUGCGGUGUAUUUACUCCAGCAGCGACAGGUUAUUAAUUCUGUUUUUAUGGCUAGUAAACAGGAUGUACCAUAUGACAGAGCAAACAUGGAGUAUGGCCUGCUUUCAGAGUACAGGUUACUUGGAGAAGUACAAUAGAUGCCACAGAUAAAUGUGUUCUCUUGUGUGAAUGGCUUCUAUUGAGAACAGAGAGAGCUGUUUUGCCUGCAGGUUCAACAGUGGAGUUGUCAUCCCUAGGAAAUGACACAUGACACGUUAUCUGGUAUUUUAUGAAAAAUGCCACAAGACAAGAUUGUGUUUAGUAUUAUGAGUGGUUUCCUUUUUGUUUACAGUACUUGUGGUUCAAUUUCCCCUUUGUGCAAUGUCUUGAAUGAAUGUGUGGCGUGACAGAUCAUGAUGUCCUGCGGCUUUAAAAAAAAGAAGCACUGAUCUAACAUGAAUGGACAGAGUAUUAAAUGUGUUUAUGACACAUUUACACUUCUAUGUGCAAUGGAUAGCAAUAGUUUUUUUUAAGGCUGGAUAAAUUAAUUUACAAAUGGUUGCUAUACAGAUUGAAUAGUAAAAAAUAAGGUCUUAAUAUAUAUUUUUUUAAUCAUUUGAAGACUUUUUAGUUGGAAGUCACUAUAAUGGAGGUGAAGUAAAUUGACCAUCGUGUACUGGUCUAUUUUUUUUUUUUUUUCCUGGCUUACUCUUCAUUGAAUGGGAAAUGAAUGAAUUUACAGAAUAAAAGACUGCAGUUUAUCAGGGCAAUAACAACAAUAAGUCUCCAUUUUCUUGACAU